AGAAAGCCAAAGUGGCAUUCUGCUCUUCUUACCUUACCCUAGUUCCUCUCUCUGGGGACAACAUGGGGCUGCCCCUUAGCUUUCUGCAUAACCCAGUGUAAUUAUCGCCAAUGGCAGGAAUGUGUUGUACAGCCACUGCAGAGAGUCAAAAAACUUACCUGCAGGAGACACUGGUGGUAAUGCACAGGGACGCUAGACUUCUGCUGCGUGAUCAUCUUGCCGACACACAGAAUGCAACACCUUAAUACGGAACUUGGAAUCUUGGGAACCUAAGCCUUCACUUUUAAAGAAAAAAACAGCGACACCAUGUCGGUUAUAUAUAGCGAGGUGGCUGCAGAUGAGCCUACAACCAGCAGCUUCUGGAUGCCCAAUCACUAUCACAGCACAGUGAAACGUUUGGAUGAUGGCUAUCGUGUCUGUGACCAGAUUGUUACCUGCUUCCAAGAGCGUGCAAAGAUCGAACGCAGCUAUGCCUUACAGAUGGAGGAGUGGACUCGCAAGUGGCGGCCCCUCGUGGAUGCAAGUCCGUUGUACGGCUCCCUGCUCCGGGCCUGGCAAGCGUUCUUAGGGGCUUCCGAGCGGCUGAGCCGACUGCACAUGGAGAUGCAACGGGCCUUGGUCUCGGAGGAUGCCGGGCGCAUCCGGGCGUGGCAACGCGACUCCUAUCACCGCAAGCUGUUUGGGGGCUUCAAGGAGGCCUGUGAGCUGGAAAGUGGCUUCCAGCGGGCUCAGAAACCCUGGACCAAGAAGCUCAAGAAGGUCGAGAAGAACAAAUCCUUGUACUACAAGGCCUGCCGCAAAGAGCACAUUGCAGCCCUACGGGAGAGCGGAGUUCAGACGGCCGCGGGGCCUGAGGUGCCCCCUGACCGGCAACGUGCCCUGCGAGAUGAACAUCAACGGUGCAGCCAGGACGCCAACAAGGUGCGUGAGCGUUACGAGAAGGCCCUGCAAGAGCUCGAUCGCUGUAGCCCACGCUACAUGGAGGAAAUGGAGUCGGUUUUUGAGCAGGGGCAGGCGCUAGAGCAGAGACGCAUCAUCUUCCUUAAGGGGGCCUUCCUUGCCCUGCAUCGACGCCUCGAUGUCACUGCUGACCCCAGUAUCCGAGCUGUUUAUACUGACUUGCACCAAGCUAUUGAGGACAUAAAUGACCAGGAUGACCUCAAAUGGUGGCGUAAUCGACAUGGACCAGGGAUGCCCAUGAACUGGCCACAGUUUGAGAGUUGGAACCCUGACCAGGAACGACCACAGGUGAAAGCCAAGAAAACCAAAGAACCAGAGAAAGCGACGCUCCGCAGUAUCACUCCUUCCCAGAGCAGUGCAAAGCCAGUGCCUGUUUCCGUGUCAGGCCAGCGGGUCCGUGCUGUGUACGACUAUAUUGGCCAAGAGGCGGAUGAGCUUAGCUUCAAGGCAGGGGAGCUGCUUACCAAGGUGGAAGAUGAGGACGAGCAAGGCUGGUGCAAGGGGGUGACCGACAGUGGCCGCGUGGGGCUCUACCCUGCCAACUAUGUGGAGCCCAUACAGGACUAGCCAGAAGGGUCAGGAAUGGUAGGGUGAUAGGUUGGGGUCACACACUCAGACACCAAUAUUAAGGCUAUGUUUAUUCCGCAUUUCUGAGAUCACACCACGCAAACACAGAAUGGCGUGAAACUCUGCUUCCUUCCAGUUUUAUUAAGUAUGUUUCUAGUCCCUAUGGCUGCAAUAUUAACUUUGAAAAUGUGUGGGUGGUGCCUGGUGAAAUCUCAGAAGCCAGGAUGGGUUAGUAGGUAGGGCUGAGAAUAAAUUCAAGCGGAUGGGGGCUUCAGAGAUCUGCACAGCUUCUUGCCCCUCUCUCAAGCUAGCUGUAGAAUAAAUUAUGGAAAACAAGCCAA